UAUUUUCACAUUUCACUCUCUGGUCUCUUUCUCUUCUCAGCCGUCACAGUGUCACACUCACACUCUCUCAACUUCUCAAGAUCAUUCAAAUAAUCUGGCAUACUUCAUAUUCUUAAGUUAUGGAUCCUCGAUACAAAUUUUAGUUGGUGAGUUUUGUAUAUGCCAAAGUAUAUGAUUCAAAUGCCUUUUUUGAGGUGUCAUGCUUGAAAGACAAGUUAUUUGAGUUGUUUAAUUCAUAUGUUACUUCUUCAACUCAAUCAAAUGGUGGAUCAUCCACACCUUCUAAAACUAAUCAUGGUGGUGUGAACUUUGUUCCUGCUGAUGGCUUCAUGAAGGACUUUGAUGAUUUCUCUGGAGGGGAAUUUGCUAGUACUCCAAAAUCUGAACUUGAAGUAUUCUUGGAGGAGCCUUUAAUUCCUCGUGUCAAUGAAUUGGACAUCCUUGAUUUUUGGAAAUCAAGUCAAUUUCGCUUCCCCGUUCUUUCUCUUAUGGCUAGAGAUAUCCUUUGUAUGCCUAUUUCAACUGUCGCUUCAGAAUCUGCAUUUGGUAUUGGUGGGAGGGUUUUAGACCCUAUUAGGAGCUCUUUAAAGCCAUCUGUUGUGGAAGCAUUGAUAUGUCUAAGAGAUUGGUUGUAUGGGAAGGAAGCUAAUGAGAUUGUUGGGGUGGAGGAUAUAUGUGACAACAUCAUGAAUUUAAAGCUUGAUAUUGAUGACACUUCAUGUCCAAGCACUACACCAAGUCCUGUUUCGGCUAGUGGAAGUGGGAGCACUCCUUGUUCAACUUCCAAACCUGCUGUUAAUGUUCUUGAUUAGGUACCCUUGCAAGAGGAGGUGGCUUGAAUUGGUGGCAUAUGAAAUUUGGAAUUCAAGUGGAAGUUGUCAAUCUUGUCGUCACAAAUCAGAUUAUGGAAUGAAAAUUUUGGGUUUUUUUGAACAAUUAAGUGACAUGUAAUAUUUUGAACAAUUAAUAUUUUGGGCAAACUUUAAUUUCUGGUUUGUAUUAUUUUGGCCUUUUGGGCAAACAUGACUACUAUGGUUGGUUUGGUAAUGUUGAUAAUAUUUGGGCCAAGUGAGCCUAUUUUUGUGGGUUAAUUGAGAUAAUCAGGUUUUUUUUU